AGACAAACCACGAAAAUCCCAAUCACAAUCACAAUCAAUCGAACAAAAAUGAGGAAAUCCAUUUUAAUAGCUUGUGUCAUUGCAAUCACCAUUUUAAUGUCACAUCUUAAUGUUUUUACAGUGCAUGGUUUAACACCAUGUGAAGAAGCAACAAAUCUUUUACAACCGUGUUUGAAGUACAUUUGGAUAGAGGAUACGCCAUCACCAGAUUGUUGCAGUGGCUUAGAUAAAGUGAACAAAGGUGUUAAAACGUACGAUGAUCGUCAUGAUAUGUGCAUUUGUUUGUCGACUGAAGCAGCAAUCACUUCAGCCCCUCAAUACAAGUUUGACAAUUUGCCUAAAUUAUGUGGUAUUACUUUAUUCGCACCGGUUGGUCCAAAAUUCGAUUGUAGCAGCAUUAAAGUAUAAGGUGAAGAAUAAGUCAGAAUCAAAAGCGAAGAUAUUAGAUAAUAAUAAAAAUUGAUUCAGUGUAUCGAUGUAGCGAUAUCUACCAAUAUCCCAAUAUAUUAUGUAUA